AUGGGUUCUCUUGUCAAGAUGAUGGUUGCUGUAAUAGGUGUUUUGAAUAUAUGCAGGAGCAUCAGCAUGGUCAGGAGUGAAGCAAACACAAACGUGACGACGAUAGUGCUCUGCAAUUCCGGUGUGUAUGCCAAGAGCGAUCCCUUUGCUGCCAGUCUAGCAUACGUGUUGGCGGAGUUGGAGGCUGUCACGCCAUCGAGAAGCGGCCAUGACUACUACACCAUCUCUCCCUAUCCUAAUGCUUUUGCUUAUGGCCAUGCUGCCUGUAAACCAACACUCUCCACCGCAGACUGCACCACCUGCCUCCAAGCCGCUGAGAAGGCUAUCUUUAGUUCCUGUAACACCCGUAUUGGUGCGCGCUCUGUCCUCCACGUUUGUACAAUCAGAUAUGAACAAUAUCCCUUCACCGAGUAG